AUGGCUCCCUAUCAUGUCCUAUGUGAUUAUUGUGGUGUAGAAAAUUUUGCAGAUUUGCGAUAUUGCUGCGAAAUAUGCGAUAAUUAUGAUUUAUGUGGCGCAUGUUACGCUGAUGGUAAAGAAAGUUUACAGCAUUCGAAAUCACAUCCAAUGACAUGCAUACCAGAAUCAUCAAUUCUUCAAAUGUUAAAUCCUUGUAUGAACCUACCAACAGAUAAUUCAUUGUCGUCGAACGAGAACUAUAAUGAUCGAUUAAGUGAAACUGAAUAUUUGACCAUUUUACUUGAUUAUUGUUUACAACGUUUUAAUGAUCAACCUAUAUGUUGUUGUCGUAUGAAUACUAUCCAUUUGAAGGAACGAUUUGCUGAUGCGUUAAAUUGGACAUAUGGCUUUGCCGCUAAAUUAUCUGGCAGUCAUUUAACUAGUUUACUUCAACAAUAUGUUGUUAAAUCAAGCGACAAUCAUGCUUUUGUAUUAGAUAUAGAUACGGGAUCACCAUUACAGAUUAGAUUGGUUGAAAGAACACAGUAUCCUGGUUUCUAUUACAUUCAAUACAAUUCAAAAAACAAAUAUCAUUCUACACUGCAAAAUUUAGAUAUCUUCGAAGAACGGAAUAAUAAACAAUAUAUAUCGAGUAGAAAAUUGGCAGAUUUAUUACAGAAUGAGUUUUCAAAAUAUGCUGACCGUGGUCCGUGUUUGAUAGAAUUACAUGGACCAGCUGUUUCAACUAGUUUAGCGAAUGGGAAAGCAUUACAAGAUUUUGUUUUUUCAUUACCAAUGUUAAAAAUUCCUUAUCAUAUCCGAGAACAAUGGCUCAAUCGUUCAAAACAAUGGCCAUCCACAGAUAUAGUUGAAAUGGUAUCAAAUUCAUCAUGCCAUUUAGUUCCGAAAUGUUGGUGCAGGACUAAUGAAGGAGAAGAAGAUCCACUAACGUGGCGUUUAUCGCUCAGUUUUGCAGAAGUAUUAUUGACAAAUUCAUGGAAUAAACAACAAAGAGAUUAUUACCGGUUAUUAAAGCUGUUUAUUCAAGACUUAGCACCGGAUAUGUCGUGCUGA